CUGUUUUCAUAAAUGAACUUUGCGUAGUACAGGAGUGUUGUUGGAUGAACGAGUUCGUUGUCGGAAUCGUGUUUUCACAUGCACAGUGCGCGUUUAAAGGCAGAAUAUGGAUUUGUUAUAGUCACAGAUUGUACUUACAUAUAAAUCAAGUGUUUCUUGGGAUCUGAUCAUUGGUUUUAAGUCAAGGUUUCGCUGUUAACUGCCAAGCUAGGCAAGAUGGGCUGUUGUUGCCAGUCACUUGCUAAAUGCUUUGGAGUGUGGCUGUGGUGGACUUUGUUCGCUAGAAUAUAUGUAUUGGGUCAGUUGAACUUAUUCAUAACCCAGCAACACAUGAAAUCAGACCUAAAUCUCGACUUUGGCUCCGAUAUUUAUUUGAUUGAAAAUGGAAAGGUUCCAGCAAUUCUUCAACACCCGGAAUCAUUGUAUCGCCUACUUGCACCGCUGCCAACAGAUGUCAACAAAGUGCAGUUAACUUGGCGAUCGUUCCCUCUGAAUUUUCAGUAUUCACUUGAGAUUUCAUCAAGUAAUCCUCAAGUUGCACCUAUCAAUUUUGCAUUACCUUCAAUUGGAACAGUUCCAACAUACAAUGAAGUCUUUUCCUUGGAAUUUCCAUGCACUCACAAAGGAGGGAUAACUGAGCUUCAUUUCUCUGUAAAUUUCACUCAAAAAGGGAUUUUGAAGAAUCAGCUCAAUCUUAUUGUUAAGAAAGAAUGCAGUUUGUCACUGCCACAUAUUGAUACAAACAGUGCUGAGACUGGGACGAACGUUCAGAGAAACACAAUAAUUGCAGCUGCUGCUGGUGUCACAGUUUCGUUGUGUUUCUUGCUUUGUAUUGGUUUAUAUAUUCGCUACCACAGAAAAACGCGUAGGCUGCAGAUGAAGUUUGACACAGAGUAUGAACUUGCUGCCAAUAGCGAAACAAGACAAAUCAAAGACCAGCAUGAUUUGAUUAAUCAUGUUUAUGAAGAGGAGGAUGAUGCUCCACCACGACCCAUUUUCAAUCCAAAGAAGGCAAAAUCAAAGAAAUGGAAUAAAUUAUCAAGACAUAGAAGGAAUUUGAGAAUUCCAGUUGAGGGCAAUCCACCCUCUGCAUAUCAGCAGUCCACAGCAACCCCUGCUUCCCCAGGAUCUGUGAUGAGAGUGCUUGAAAAUAUUCCGGAAGAGCAUGAAGAAAACAAAGAAGAUACAGAAGAAGAAUGUGAUGAAGAAAUGAGACCUAUGUUGUCUAGUAACUGCAAAAAUGGUUCUCAGGUUGACAAAAAACCCCCUGUCUCACAAGAUCUUGAUGAGGUGUCAAAAUGCCCAGCUAAGAAAUGCAAGCGAUCAAAACAUUCACAGAGUGGUCAUGUUGAAGUUACCCUGUCUGGGGAUCGAGCAAAUGGUCACAACUGUCAUACUAGAACUGACCACGAAGAUGGUCUCUACCAUGUUUUGAAUGAUCAUUGGAGGCAGCAGUUUAGCGGCUACAUUCUUGAGCAAGAUGCUGUUGCCAUUGACCCCAGGCCCUUUUCAAAAGGUGCCUAUGGCUAUGUACACAAGGGAAGAGCAAGAAUUUUGAGGCAGGAAGACAAAGUUAUGCUUGUUGCUGCUAAAAUCAUGAAAGAUUCGAUGGAUUUUGAAACAGUAUCUGCGUUUGUCUCAGAAGCAGUCAUAAUGUCAAAGUUUGAUCAUCAAAAUAUCCUACAACUACUUGGGGUUGUUAUACAAGGAAAUGCUCCACCAAUGAUAGUUAUGCCAUAUAUGAAACAUGGGGACUUGAAUCAAUUCCUUCGAAAUGCUCGAGCCACGCCAAGAAAACCACAGCUUCUAAGCACACGGCAGCUUAUCAACUUUGGUCUUCAAAUCGCAAAAGGAAUGGAAUAUUUAGCAAAUAUGCGAUAUGUUCACAGAGAUCUAGCAACAAGGAAUUGCAUGGUAAGUGAAGAACUUGAAAUCAAAAUAUCCGAUUUCGGUCUGGCAAAAGAAGUUGGACAUGAUGACAGCUAUGUAAUGGCAAAGAAAACAAAGCUGCCAAUCAAGUGGAUGUCAAUUGAAAGCCUGAAUGGCGUGUUCUCAGAAAAAAGUGACGUGUGGUCGUUUGGUGUUGUUCUUUGGGAACUGAUGACAUUGGGCAAGCAACCCUACUCAGGAAUCAAUAGCACAUCUAUGGAAGAGUAUUUGUUAAAAGGAGAGAGGUUAUCACAGCCGAAGAACUGUCCUGAUGAAAUGUAUACAACAAUGCGACUCUGCUGGAGAGAAGACCCUUGCGAAAGGCCGCAGUUCUCAGGACUCUGUGAACGAAUUUCCUCUUAUGAGUCAAAAUACAAGAAGUAUUCUUUGGACUUUACCUUGGCUAAAUCGCAACCUGUUGCAUCAUGAUUAUUAUAUCUGUAAGUGUGUAAAUAAGCCUGUAAAUAUGAUUUUUCUAUUAUGUCCGUUAAUAAAGUAAAUUAUUUUUCAAUUUCACACACUAACCGGUUCUACCUUGAAAUCUAUUCUUCUCUGGCUUUCCACUAAUAUGCUUUGGAAAGAAUACAAAAUCAUCAGUGUAAAACUAUUAUUCGCAGCACCAAAAUGCUAAAUAUCUCGUGUUUAAUCGUUAUAAAGUGAUAAUAGAAAGGCCAUUUCAUUCUCUAAUACUGUUGAUUUGUUUGAUAUUCUUUCCUAUAUUCAACUCACCACAAUUAUUUUCUUGUCAACCUUUAUUUAUUGUUUCUUAUGACUUCAAGAUUGAAGUUCCUAUUUUCAUUCCCUGUCGGAAUUUUUGCGUUAAUUUUUAUACCCAUCAUAUUACUUACCUUUCUCGAGUUUGUAUUGUUUUAAACACCCAUGGUAGUUAUACAUAGAUGUACAUCAAAUACACAACUCGUAACACAUAUUAUAUCAAUAAAUCAUUGUAUAUUUGCAAGGUUAGUUUCAAACAUGCAUGAUGCUCUUAUUAAGGCGUUCAAUAUAUUUGUCAAGGAUUCAGGAAUCAAAUUUGUUUUUGACGGGGCUAAAGGGCUGUUGAUUUUAGCUAUAUUUUUAUUGCUAUGCCAGUUCUAGAUAAAGUUUAUAUGGGUUUUCUAAAAACCAAUAAUAAUUUCCACAAUAAACAAUAUAAGUUGUAUAGCCUUUGGUUCACCUAUGGUAUGCUUACCAAUCAUUUGUUUACCUACCAAUCUUCAUUAUACAUGUAGUCAUUUCUGCCAGACCAAAUUUUCAUCAACACUUCAGUCUUAGACCAUUGACAGGAAUUUUAUGCCUGAAGAGCAUCAACAUCAACCACCCAACUAUAACAUUCUUAAAUGAAAUAUUUUAUCCUUUUGAUCUGUGUAAACCCAACCUGUUCUGAUUUCGCAUCGUCAAUAGCCGUGCAUUUAUACAUCAAUCGUUUUUGAUGUAAAGAUUGGGUUCCUUUAUUUAUCUUUGCAUGUAUUUAUUUUUAAAUAGUAUUGUUGAUUGUUCAAAUGGGAAAACGUUGACGCUUCGAUAAUUCGGAAAUCUUUGUACAAAUUGAUUCAUAGAGUGUUUUUAAGAUUAUAGUCUAUUAUUACUUCCGUGCUUGAUCAUGAAUAUAAUUCAUAUCCUUUCCCACUCGUUAUUUGUUAGAACAAUGUUGAUAAUAGAGAUAUGUUUGAACCUUUUGUAAUUUGUUGAUUAUGAAUCACUUCAAACAUUAGUCAAGAGUACGCUGUACCAGUUUCACGUAAAUGACGAUCCAUUUCCACUUCAAAGACGACCCAUUUUCCUGCAAAGUUAAUUUCAUCAGGUUCAUCUUCAACUCACCAUAGGCUCGAAUUAUGCCGUUUUGAGGAGUCUUUCUCAGACUUCUGACACCCGUCUGAAACGACAUUCCUCUUUUCUAUACCUCGCAUACAACGUCCUUAACGGUUGCAGGUACAGCGUUUUCUUUUGUUUUGUGGCAAGAAACUGGGCUGUAAGAUCAGAUUUCCUCGAACAUUUAAAAGAUUCGUUCACCAGCCUCCUGUUGUAUGAAGUCAUUUCCAGCUUCUUGCCCGUCUUGCCUCUUUGUCAUGUUGCGUAUGCUUUCUAUAGCUCAGUUACGGUAGUAAUAUAUUGUAAAUAGUAAGAAUGUUACAUUUAGUUGCGGGUUGUUCGCGUGCUGUUUGCGGGAUUUUCAAGGGCUGAUUCUGCUUCGAUUCCAAGUCCCGUUGCCGUUUAUAAUCUUUUGUCGCUCCCUCCUUUUAUAACCUGUCCCUCCGUUUCAACAUUCGCCUGCUUCAAGUGAUCAUCACUUUAAAUAGAUUUGAUAUUUUUAUCUCCCGCCCCUUCCCGCACAAAUUCUGUCUCAUCCCCUCGUUCUAAUGUUGUUUGGUGGCCGUAAAGAGGCUGGUUCGAUGAACCUUUGCCCUCGUAGUUUUCUAUGUUCUCGCUGCAAUCAAAAUGCGAUUUGCGAACACUUCGUUGCUAAAUUUCUCUAUAACAUUAAACUGUAAAUUGCAAUUGGUAAAACUGUAAAUAAUAUUUGUAAUAGAUCAUUGUGUUAAAGGUGCGCCCGUUUCGGAAAAAUGCCAACGUAAUUUGAAUGGUGGCAACUUGUGUAAAUAUAUAUUAUUUGUCUAAUCGUAUGAUGAGACUUCGAUCCGUUUACCACAUUAGUUGAAGAUCUCAGUUAAUUUUCUCCAUAAAAUACAUACAGAAAAUUA